AUGUGGCUUUCCAGCCCAUCCAGGAUCCUCUGCUUGUUUUUUCCUGUGAUCCUCGUUCUGCUUGAUCAGACCUCUGCAGAGAGAGAACUGAAGUUUGUGGUUGCAGUUUUCCGGCACGGGGACCGAACGCCGAUCAUCACCUUCCCCACCGAUCCGCACAAGGAAAGCGAAUGGCCCCAGGGAUUUGGACAGCUUACCAAGACUGGAAUGCAGCAGCUCUUUGAGCUCGGCCAGUACACAAGGAGCAGAUACUCCAGCUUCCUGAACAGCACCUACAAUCGCCAAGAGUUCUACAUCCAAAGCACAGAUUAUGAUCGCACCAUUAUGAGUGCCCAGUCGUACCUUUCUGGCCUCUUCCCACCAACCAGCAGCCAGAUUUGGAACCCUGAGCUUCUCUGGCAACCCAUUCCAGUUCACACUUUGCAGAAAUCCACAGACCGGAGGCUGCAUUUUCCUCUGCCUGAUUGUCCACGCUUUGAUGAGCUUCAGAAUGAGACACAAACAUCUAAUGAAUUUCAAACUAGAAUACAACCGUACAUGGAUUUUUUGCAAACAAUGGCAGUUAACACAGGGCUUGAACUAAACCAUCUUAAAAUCCUGGACAACUUCCAGCUCUGGAAUACAUAUGACACUCUGCACUGCGAGGGUAUUCACAAUUACACUCUCCCUGGAUGGGCCACCAAAGACGUCAUUGACAAGAUGGAAAAGCUGGCAGAGUUGGCCUUGUUAUCACUAUUUGGCCUUUACAAAGCACAAGAGAAAUCACGACUUCAAGGAGGUGUCCUUGUGAAUACUAUUUUGAAUAGCAUUAAACAAGCUGCCAAUUCUUCAAAACAGAGAAAAAUGGAGGUCUACUCUGCACAUGACACCACAGUUGGGGCCCUCCAGAUUGCUCUCAAUAUUUUCAAUGGCAAACUUCCACCAUAUGCUGCUUGCCACUUCUUUGAACUCUACCAAGAAAGCAGAGGGCAAUACAGCAUUGACAUGCACUACCGGAACGACUCCUCAAAGGAUCCUUACCUGCUCACCCUGCCAGGAUGCACCCCUUCCUGUCCACUUGAGAAGUUUGCUGAACUAGUCUCACCCAUAAUUACAGAAAAUUGGGCAAAAGAAUGUGGGAAGAAAGACAAAAUGAAAGACAUUUUCAUCGGGUUCGAUGUUGCUGUUGGCCUGUUGUUCAUUCUGAACCUUGUACUGCUCUACCUCCUGUACCACUACGGACGCUGCAGGGGCAGGAAUGACUACCAAAGCAUCUAA